AUGAAAACAAAGCGUCAUCUCUGUAUUUUGUGGAGUCUUUUAUAUCUCGGCCUCCUCUGCUGUGCAGCGGAUACUUAUGAGUCUCCAUUUACCAGGAGGAAAAAGGUUUUCAAACUCGAUAUUCCAAAAUCCAAACCAACCAAGCUGUCAACAGCAGGCGACAGACAAUCAGCCCGGAAGGUACCUGCGAGCGCCUCUCCUUUGUCUCAGCUCAAGUUUCAAAGGCCCUUCCCUCCUCCGACACCUGUAACACCUCGAUCCACGCGUCCAGCAAAGCCCGAGGCAAAGAUCCAGUCGGACUUUGUGUACCUCCCAGACGUCUCUGUUACCUGCUCCACAUCUGACUUUGUCGUGCGGGUCAAAUCAACUUUCUACGGUCUGGGCGCAGAUGCAGAGGAGUUGAAAUUAGGUAGCAGCUGCAAAAGCAACGGGGUUCUCGGACCAUACGGGGACCUGCUCUUCACGUAUCCUCUGGCAGCGUGUGAUGCCGUGCGCGAGGUGCCCCGAGGUUACCUGGUGUACAGAUUCGUGCUCCAUUAUGAGCCUUCGCCAAAACGGUUCCCAAGCAGAGCGCACCGGAUCGACGUCGACAUUGAAUGCCGUUACCAAAGGAACCAUCACGUGUACCAGCUGGCUGUGAAGCCCACAUGGCAAACUGCCGUUAUGCAUAAAAGGCUAAGAGGGCGACCCAGUGACUUCCAAAUCGAGUUGAUGGACGAUUCGUGGAGCAUACCAGCCAAGUCCCAGGUGUACCAGCUUGGGCAGACAGUAUAUGUCCAGGUCUCUGCUCCGCAUCUACCCUCUGGAGGAAAACUUUACAUCAACAGCUGCUAUGCAACACCAUCCAGUGGCUCUAAAUCGUCUCUCAAAUACAAUAUCAUCGACAAUUUUGGCUGUAUGCUGGACAGCAAGACAGACCCAGGGGCCUCUCAGUUCAUCUAUCGGACGGACAAGACCCUGCGAUUCACCCUAAAGGCCUUCCAGUUUAUUGCUGACCUUGACACUGAGGUCAGCAUUCACUGUAAAUUAUCUCUCACAUCAGAGGAGCCAAGUCCUGCACAGAAAUCUUGCACCUACAGAGGGAAAAAGUGGAAGGCCCUCACUGGUGACGACUCCAUAUGUGAAUGCUGUGAUUCACAGUGCACGACCACUAAAUCCUGGAGGGCCAUGAUGGAAGGUUCUGCAAGCAGUGAGUCGCUGCUUGUCUCCGAUCAGCCGCACGCUGCAGAAGAUGAAUUUCUACCAGUCAGUCAGUCACUGGUCAGCAUGAGCAGAGAAGGCAAGGCCACAGUGAGUCGUCACAUUGAUGAGCUGCACAGUCCUGAGCAUCAGUGGGAAAGUGCAGAUAUUGUGAAGUACAGUGAUGAUGAGAAUGAUGAAAAAGAAGAAGGCCACCCGAAAGAGGAACCUGAAGAUGAAGCACUGCUCCAGAUGCUUGGAGCAGUGACAGAGCCUGAGCAAGAGAAAUUAGCUUUCAGCCAUGGUGUUUUAUUGGAAGAGAGGAAAGAGGCUGACGUGAAGGAUUUCAGUGAGUUUGGAGAAGAUGGCUCAGGGUAUGAAGCCGAGGAGGAUUUUUUAGAGGGCGGAGAAAAGGAGGAAAGAUCUGAGAGAAGAGAGGACGAGGUCUCUGAUGCACAGCAGGUGAUCCAUUCGAAUCAGAAGGAAGGUGAUAUGCUCCAUCACUGGGUGCAGUUGGAGCAACUAAAAGGCAGCCUACAGAGUGAGGUGCAGCCACUGGAAUCUGAAGGUGAAGAAGAAAAUAGGACAUAUACAGGUAGAGGUGAAGAGAAUGAGAGGACAAGAGCCUAUGAAAUGGAGGGGAAGAAUCACGAUGGUCCGGUGGAUGUAGAAGGUGGCAAGGAAAUGACCUGGUAUUUCACAUGGAGGUAG